AUGUCUUAUGACUUGAUUAUUAUUGGGGCAGGACCAGCCGGAUUAACUGCUGCCAUUUAUGCUCGCCGGGCUCUAUUAAAAACUCUGAUUUUAGAAAAAUUUUUAUCAGGUGGAAAAUUAAAUAAAACCGAAGAUAUUGAUAAUUACCCUGGUUUUGCUUCUAUUAAAGGUCCUGAGUUAGCUGAAAGGAUGACUGAACAUACCAAGACAAUUAUCAUUGCUUCUGGGGCAAUUGAAAAUAAGUUAGGAAUCAAUGGAGAGGAACAGUUUACUAAUUUAGGCGUUUCUUACUGUGCAAUUUGCGAUGGUUUUGCUUUUCAAGGCAAGGAAGUAGCGGUAGUAGGAGGCGGCUAUUCAGCUUUGGAAACUGUUUUAUAUAUGAGUAAUGUUGCUAGUAAAGUUUACCUUAUUCACCGGCGCGAUGAAUUUCGAGCUGAAAAAGAAAUAGUGACUGAAGUUAAGAAUAAUCCAAAAGUAACCCUUUUCUUAAACUCAGUUCUAACUGAAAUUCGAGGAGAGGAAGUAGUAAAAGAGAUUGUCAUCAGCAAUUUAGCGGACAACCGAGAAAGUAAAUUACUAGUUGGUGGAGUUUUUCCUUGUAUCGGACUUUCACCAUUUAGCAGUUUUGCCCAUCAGUUAGGCGUCUGCGACCCCGAAAAAUAUAUUGCGAUUAAAGAAGAUUGCUCUACUUCUAUCCCGGGUUUGUUUGCAGCAGGAGACGUAGCCCGCCAAAGUGAAAAAAAAAUUAAGCAAAUUGUAACUGCAGUAGCAGAGGGAGCAAUUGCAGCUCAGUCGGUAAUUGACAAUUUAAAAACUGAUUUAGAUAAUACAUCUUUUCACCCUGAUGGACUGAAAGAAGUAAAGAAACUAUUAGACCAAUUAAAAACAGAUAAAACUCAAUUAGAGCAAGAUAAACAAAAUCUUAAUAGUCAAAUAACUAACUUAAAAGAAACUAUUGCGAGUAAUCAAGGUAAUAGCGAACAAGCAAGUAACCUAAAUCAACAGUUAACUAGUAAGGAUAAUGAAAUAAAAGUUAAAGAUGGUCAAAUAACUUCUUUAACUAAUGAACUAAGUCAAGAAAAACAAAAAACAACUAAUAAAGAUAAAACAAUAAAAGACCAAGAAGAUAUUAUUACCCAAAGAGAUAAUACUAUUAAAGCCCAAGAAGGAGAAAUAACUAAAAGGGAUAUUUUUGCCCCCAUUAAAACUACAUUUCCAGAAGUAAUUUGGGAAAAGUAUUUCAUUUCAGUUGGUAUCCUUCAAGGAAGUUUAUUAUCCUUGCCAAUAAGGCAAUUUCGGUCCAUGGCCCAGAUAAGCGUGUCAGAGGAUAACAUAAUUGAGAUUAGAAAUUUAAAAAAAGUUUAUGAAGAUAGAACUGUACUCAAAAAUAUCAGUUUUUCCGUAAAAAGAGGCACCAUUCAUGGAUUUAUUGGACCCAAUGGAGCUGGAAAGACUACUACUAUUGAAAGUUUAAUGGGUGGAACAAUACCGAAUGAUGGAAUAAUUUAUAUUGAUAAGAAAAGAAGAAGCGAGGAUGAAAAUAUUAAUGCAAAAAUCGGCUUCAUGGCUGAAAAAGUUAGAUUUAGUGACAGCAUGAAAGUGGAAGACUUUAUUCAUUUGGCUGGGAAAAUGCGCAGUAUCCCUCCCUAUGAAGUAGAAAAGCGUCUUCGUAAAUCCGAUUUAAAUAAUCAUCGCUACAAAAAAUGCGGCGAAUUAUCAACCGUAUUAGAUGAGCCAACUUCCGGCUUAGACCCCUCUUACCGCGGAAUUUUACUCAAACAAUUAGAAAAUGCUAGAGAGCGCGGCAUUACCGUUUUAAUUUCUAGCCAUAUUUUGUCAGAUUUACAAAAAUUAGUUGAUUAUGUCACCUUAAUUAACAAAGGAGAAAUAGUUUACAAUAAUAAAAAACCGGACGAUAUUGAAGAAAUCUACGAAAAACUGAUUUUAAAAGAAAAAAUCCAAAAAAUAAAAGAAGGGCAAACUUGA